UACAUCCAAUUUUGAUUUCACAGGUUGCAGUUGAAUUUAAAGUUGCUGAUUCAUCGCAAAUUUGUUGUCUUUUUCUAAAUUGUUGUUUUUUCUUUCGAUUUCUUGUCAUCAUGAGUUCUGCUUUGUUACCUCCGUUCCCCGAGCCUGGGUUUUCAUUCGAAAAUGUUGAAAGGAAUGUUUCACUCGUGAAGAAGGGUUUCAAGCCUCCUAAAUUUACAUCCACUGGUACAACUGUUGCUGCAGCAAUCUUUGAUGGUGGCAUAAUUAUAGGAACUGAUAAACGAGCUUCUGCUGGCACUAUAGUGGCUAAUAAAAACACCAAUAAGAUCCAUAAAAUCAGUAAUAAUAUUGCCUUUGGUGGUGCGGGAACUGCAGCUGAUUGUGAUCAGAUGGAAAAGAUGGUCAGGGCUCAUGUCGAAUUACACAGGUUGAAUUCUGGUAAACAAGUGCCGGUUUGUGUAGCCUUGACAAAGAUAACUCAACAUCUUUUCAGAUAUCAGGGACACAUCCAGUGUGCAUUAAUCGUCGGUGGUGUUGACAAAUUUGGGUAUCACCUUCAUCAUGUUUAUCCUCAUGGCUCUUCAUCCGAGGUGCUGUUUGAAGCGAUGGGAUCAGGAUCAUUGGCCGCCAUUUCACACCUUGAGCUAAACUACAAGCAAAAUAUGAAUUUGGAUGAGGCUAAACUUUUGAUUAGAAAUGCAAUUUUAGCAGGUGUGGAGAAUGAUCUUGCAUCUGGUAACGGAAUCGAUUUAUGUAUCAUCACGCCGAGUGGAAUGGAGCAUCUGGUUGAUUACGAAAUACCUGUUGCUUGUACACCUCUUUCUAAACAAGGAAUUUACAAAUUUCCUUUGGGUACUACUCCAAUUCUUGACAGUCGUAUAACUUACGAAGUCGAAGAAACCAUUGUGCGGGAAUUAGAUCCUGAUCGUUUCAUGGAAACUUCAUAAAUGAGUAAAAAAUAAAAUUGUAUUCUGAGUUAA